AUGAUACGACUUCAUUGCUACACUGACAUACCGGCUGAAAGCGAUUUAAUUAACAAAAUCGUUGAGAUUUUACCUGACCUACGUCAGCUUGGCAUAAGAGUCUGGUUGAGAGACAACUUUACACAAGACCUUCCAGAUGGCAUUGAACCAAUUGAACACCAGCUCCAGUCUACAUAUGGAUCACCAUCUCCUAAAAGCUACAGGAGUGAAAUCACUUUUGAGGAUCAAGCUUAUUAUAUAUUCACAUCGGGAACGACAGGUUUGCCGAAGGCUUGUAAGAGAACGCACAGAGCAGCCGUUGCAGCAUCAUUCGCCUUGGAAUCCGUUGGACUUGGGCCAGAUGACGUAUUGUACUCGCCUCUACCGCUAUAUCAUAGUGCUGCCUUCAAUCUUGGGUUCCUUAACUGUAUCAGAGUCGGAUGUACUUUUGCGAUUGGUCGUAAGUUUUCUGUGACUCGGUUUUGGGAAGAUGUUCGCAAACACCACGCCACCAUUAUUCAAUACAUCGGAGAAAUUUGUCGCUACCUAAUGGCCCAACCAAAGAAACCCGAUGAUGGCGUGUAUCCAGUGAAGCUUCGAGUGGCAUGUGGCAAUGGCCUUAGGCCUGAUAUAUGGGAGCAUUUUAAGACUCGCUUCAACAUUGAUCACAUCUACGAAUUUUGGGGUGCCACUGAAUGCUACAAAAUGUUUAUAAAUUUAGACGGGAAAGUCGGUACUGUUGGGCGGCUUUCGCCCCUAUUAAAGUUACUCGACGGAAGUGUCCGCGUGAUCAAGUGUGACGUCAAUCUUGCCGAACCAAUCAGAGGGAAGGAUGGAAAGUGCAUUGAGGUCGCUCCAGGUGAAACAGGACUGCUUGUAAUUGCAGUAGUGAACGAUACUAGCCCAUUUCUAGGGUACAUUGGGAAAAAAGAGACAGAAAAGAAGAUCCUAAGGAACGUGUUUAAGGACGGGGAUAGUUAUUUUAACUCUGGCGACCUCAUCAAAAUCAGUCCAGAUGGAUACAUAUACUUCGUCGAUAGGCUAGGAGAUACAUUCAGAUGGAAAGGUGAAAACGUUGCUACUACGGAAGUUGCCCAGAUUCUAGACGAGUUUCCUGGUAUUAUGGAGGCAAAUGUCUAUGGAGUGACGAUUCCAGGUCAAGAUGGCAAAGCUGGAAUGGCAGCCAUAACCCUCUCAGCCGGCGUUGAAUCACUAGAUUUCAAGAAACUUUAUUCUUAUCUUAGUGAUAAACUACCAUCAUAUGCACGGCCAAAAUUCAUACGAAUUACCAGCAAUAUGGACUUGACUGGCACCUUCAAACACAAGAAGUCGGAAUUUGCGAAACAGGGAUUUGAUCCAAUCCAAAUUACCGAUCCCUUGUAUUAUAUAAAUAACGAGUCGACAACGUAUGAUAUCCUGAAUGCGGAUUCGUUUCCAUUUGUGAAACUCUGCAGUAAACUCUAGAAAUUCAGAAAUAAGCUAGGCCUAAUUAUUAAGACGUAGGCUAGUCCCGGUGCGGCCUUAAAGGACCCCGGGAUAUUUAUCAGCAUUUUUAACCCAUACAUUGCCGAGUUGGGUCUUUUUGGGAAAAAAAAAAAAAAAAAGGACAAAAAAUGUAAGUGGGAUACUAAUAUGAAAUUAAACAAAACUGCCUCCAGCCAGGCCAAGAAUUUAAAUAAACCUGGCGAUAUAGUACAGUCUACCGUUAAAUAUUAUUUAUAGUGAUUUCAUUGAUAAUAGUAAUAUAGGUCAUUCAUAUACAUGUAUAUGUUGUUGGAAUGAUUGGAUAUUCCAAAUGUUAAUUUUGGAUUUUUUAAAUUAUUAAUUCAGUUAAAACCGCUUGACACAAGUCGGUGUUUACGCGUUAUGAGUUUCUGUUAAUGUGCCUUGCUGUAUAAUUUGUGACUUGGAGGUCACAUUUUCAAUAUAUAAACCAACUGAAGAAGAGCAACAAAAUUAACGGAAUAAAGAAAAUUAAUGACAAAGGAAUUUCAACCAUUUUAUGAAAUGAAAAGAAAUUAAACAAUUAAAUACUGUAAUAAAUUAAAUAGACGUAUAUACGGUGGCCCAUAAGUUCACGGCAAUAUUAAUCUGCUCAUCAAAACAGUUUAAAAACGGCAAUAUCAAUUUGCUCACGGCAAUAUCAAUUUGCUCACGGUAAUAUCAAUUUGGUUCACGGCAAUUUAAACUUUUAAAAUCGGUCAUGGCAAUAUUAAUUUGGUCACGGCAAUAUUAAUUUGCUCACGGCAAAAUCUAUUUAGUUCACAGCAAUAUAAACUUUUAAAAACGGUCACGGCAAAAUCAAUUUGCUCCCGGCAAAAUCAAUUUGGUUCACGGCAAUAUAAACUUUUUAGAACAGUGGCAAACAAUCGUGACCCCUUUAGGUUGUUACUAGGUAGGCCUACAACACGUACGUGCACUGUAUUUUGCAUUGACGCACAAUUUCAAAUGAACAAUCACUUAUAUCUUUACUAUAAUAUCUCUAUGAUUAAAAUAAAAAAAUAUAGUUUACUUUAGUUUUAAAUAUACCGGUAUUAUAGUAGUUAACAGUAGUUCCAUAAACUCAACAUAAUCAUAUUAUGAAUAUAAAUACAGGUCUCCCUCCAAUUAUAGACCCUUCUAAUUAAAAAUCACCUCCAAUUAAAGACCACUUUUUCUGUGGUUCCUUUUAAAUUCUUAUCUUUUAACAUUAGCUGUUCCCUCCAAUUAAAGACUCCCUCUAAUUAGAGACCAAAGACCAUGGUUUUGGUGGACCCAAAUGAAAAUUUUCCCUCCAAUUAAAGACCGCUAUAAAAUAAAUAGUGAUGGUAAUGCUAUUUUUUCAAUAGUAAAUUUUGUUAGAGGGCUUAAAACAUAAAAAUAUUAGCCAAUGCACUUCAUAAGAUGAUGUUUUAGGCCUAUGUGUUUAUUGAGUAACGAUAAUGCUAGUAAUGAUGUUAGAAAUAUUUUAAUGAAAAGUUGCUUAGAACAAAUAGGCCUACAGGAAUUGAUGUCCUGAUUUUAAAUAAUCCUUUAUUCAGAAUAAAUAACAAAAUGAAGUUAACUGUA